CAUUAAGUCAUCCAAAGGGACCCGCGCCUCAUGCGGGUGGGCGAGCUACGCCAUUUUGCAUCGUAUUUUCUCUAAACCGUCAGUGCGUUGCUACAUCCAACAGUUUUUACAAAAUUAAAGGGGUUAAAGACAUUUUGCAAGUGGAAAAAGAACUUAUUGUGGUGCGGUCUGCACGCGUUUUUGUUUGGUGUUAUUUUAAAAGAAGUCAGUGAGGGUGCGGGGCCAUUAUUAAGAGGCAAGAGGCGUCCCCCCUUGCGUCGAUACCUCCUCCAUCUUGUCCCCGUUCCACAAUAACCAGUGAUAAUAUGUGCGCGAAACCAGAAGAUGGUGUCCAAUUUCGGCCGUCUUAUUUUACACGAGGCUCAUAAAUCACGUACCAUUUAAAGUUCAUCAUCGAGAACGUCAAUUUAGUUUAAAUUUGAAUAAUUUCGUGGUGGCCUUCGGCGGCCCCGGAAGAUGCUCUGAUGAGUCACCCUUCCCCGCCUAUACUAGGAGAAAAUGAAGACCACCGCGAAGGAUUGACAGGUGUUUAUCAUUGAACAAAAAUGAAUAGUGAUCAACAUUCGCUGCCAGCGACUACGCAGGCACAGCAAGAGGAAGUAAACACUGGUCAAAGUGGUCGUCCUUCGUAUCCGGGUGGUUUGCCUGCAACAACCAGCCUUGGAAAUGUAGGAAGUACACCGCAUUCAUCUGCGGACCUUCGUGUAGGUACAGCAGUAGCAUUAGCUUCCUCGGUAGCUAAAUAUUGGGUCCUCACCAAUCUAUUCCCAGGACCAAUACCUCAGGUCUCUGUUUAUCACCAUCCCCACCAUAACGCCUCACAUAGAGGUGGUGGAGGAGGAGGAGGUGGCAGUGAAACUCCCUCAAAGGAGUCACCAUCGGCUCUCAAUCAAGAAAUGGCAUUGACAACAAGUUCUCAUCAUCAGAAUACAUCUUCACAUCAUCAUCAAUCUCCCGUUAGUACCAGCAGUCAUCACAGUUCGUUGCAGUCAAAUACCCAGAUUCCUGUUUCUCUUCCCGGAUUGAAUUUGGAUGGAAAUCAUAUACCCACGAGUCAUUUACAAGCAGCGCACGCUCAAAUGCAACAACAGAUGCAAUCUCAACAACAACAAAUGCAUCAACAACAGCAACAAUCCCAACAGCAGCAGCAAACGCAUCAUCAAAUGCAAAAUCAUCAAAAUGCCCAAAAUAAUGUACAAGCAGUCCAAAAUCAGAAUUCCCAAAGAGACGAUAAAGUGAAAGAUGAAAAUGGAAGUUGUACAACCGAAAGAUGUAGUGACAAUCAAGUUCAUUGUCAAGUUCAAUGUGAUCUUCAAUUACAAGCACCACAAGAUUUACAACAAAGUCUAAUGCAACAACAUAUUGGUGUUAAUAUAACUGGUAAUUCAGGUGAUAAUGGAAAUCCAAAUAAUUCCGAGAAAUCAGAAAAAAAGGAAGAUAUGAGACAAAUUAACAUGGCACAAUUUCAAGUUCCGGAUUUAAAACCCGGUGGUCAUAUGAUGGAUGUAAGAACUGCCGAUGGAUCAGUCGUGAAAAUCAGUGCUGGAAAUGAACAAGAUUUAGCUAAAAGUUUGGGUGUCGAAAUGGUGCAAAAUAUGUAUAAAGUGAAUGUAGAGGAUAUUAAUCAGCUUUUAACGUAUCAUGAAAUUUUCGGUAAGCUACAAAGUGAAAUAGCUGCAGGAACAACAUUAGUCGGUGGAACCGUACCCACACAGACAGUUACCACAAUUCAAAAUGGUGCACCAAUAGUGCAACAAGUUCAGUUAAAUAAAUUUGACAUUAAAACCAGUGAUGGAGAAGCAACGCCAGGACCAAGUGCAUCUCCAGUUUCUGUUGGCAGUCAUAAUUGUGACGUUUGUGGAAAAAUAUUCCAAUUUCGCUAUCAAUUGAUUGUACAUCGAAGGUAUCAUACUGAAAGAAAACCAUUUACAUGCCAGGUGUGCGGAAAAGCUUUUUCCAAUGCAAACGAUUUGACUCGUCAUGGUAAAUGUCAUUUGGGAGGAUCAAUGUUCACGUGCGCUGUAUGCUUCCACGUUUUUGCUAAUGCUCCAUCUUUGGAACGCCAUAUGAAACGUCACGCAACAGAUAAGCCAUACAAUUGUACAGUUUGUGGCAAAAGUUUCGCUCGAAAAGAACAUCUUGACAAUCAUACUCGUUGCCAUACUGGAGAAACGCCAUAUAGAUGUCAAUAUUGCGCUAAAACAUUCACACGCAAAGAACACAUGGUGAAUCAUGUGCGCAAACACACUGGUGAAACUCCCCAUCGUUGUGACAUUUGCAAGAAAAGUUUUACGAGAAAAGAACAUUUCAUGAAUCACGUGAUGUGGCAUACAGGAGAGACUCCACAUCAUUGCCAAGUUUGCGGUAAAAAAUAUACUCGCAAAGAACACUUGGCUAACCACAUGCGCUCUCAUACCAAUGACACUCCCUUCCGAUGCGAGAUAUGCGGUAAGUCGUUUACAAGGAAGGAACACUUUACGAAUCACAUUAUGUGGCAUACGGGCGAAACACCACAUCGUUGUGACUUCUGUUCAAAAACAUUCACACGAAAGGAGCAUCUUCUGAAUCACGUUCGACAGCACACGGGUGAGUCUCCACAUCGAUGCGGCUUCUGCUCCAAAUCGUUCACCAGAAAGGAACACCUUGUUAAUCACAUCCGCCAACACACAGGCGAGACACCCUUCCGUUGUCAAUACUGUCCGAAAGCAUUCACGCGCAAGGAUCAUCUGGUAAAUCAUGUUCGCCAACAUACGGGUGAGUCACCGCACAAGUGUCAGUAUUGCACCAAAUCAUUCACGCGGAAGGAACAUUUGACCAAUCACGUGCGUCAACAUACAGGAGAAUCACCACAUCGAUGCCACUUUUGCUCUAAAUCCUUCACCCGUAAGGAGCAUUUGACGAAUCAUGUACGCAUUCAUACCGGAGAAUCACCACACAGAUGUGAAUUUUGUCAACGAACAUUCACCAGGAAAGAGCAUCUCAAUAAUCAUCUUCGUCAGCAUACCGGAGAUUCAUCUCACUGCUGCAACGUCUGCUCCAAGCCCUUCACACGAAAGGAACACCUUGUAAAUCACAUGCGUUGCCACACUGGUGAGCGUCCAUUCGUUUGCACUGAAUGUGGAAAGAGUUUCCCAUUGAAGGGCAACUUAUUGUUCCACAUGCGAUCGCACAAUAAAGGAAGUAAUGCCGAGAGACCGUUCCGUUGUGAUCUAUGUCCCAAGGAUUUCAUGUGCAAAGGACACUUGGUAUCACAUAGAAGAUCACAUUCUGAUGAGCGUCCACACAGUUGUCCUGAUUGUGGCAAGACAUUUGUCGAGAAAGGUAAUAUGCUUCGACAUUUACGAAAACAUGCCGCUGAAGGACCACCAACACAAGUAAGCACUCCCUCGGCUAUUCCACAACCUGGAGUAUUGCCAAUUCCAACAGCUGCUGCUGCUGUUCUUGUUGGGCAUCCCCUUGCGCCACCGGCGCCUUCCGUUGUACCUCAACAUACCGUUGUUGUACCCACUCCUCCCGGUGUACUUGCUUCUUACUAAUCAAACUUUUUUUAGUAAGCCAUUUUUCUUUUAUUUUUUAAGAAAAAGAAAUUAUCAACAAUUUUUAUACUGUAAAAAAUUCCAAUUAUAACAAAAAAAAGAAUUUAUAUUCAAUAUCCGAUAAUUUGCAGUAUAAUGCAAAAUUAUACCUGAUAUUCUCUUUAGUUUUUUCACUUUGAAUUUUUUACAGUAUAAAUUUCAAAUUUUAAUUUUAAGACAGAAUUUUUUUUUCUCAAGAUAUCAAAGUGAUUUUAAUUUUGUUGAGCUUCUAAUUUUCAAUUUGUUUUUUCUUUUAUUUUAAUUUCAAAAUUAAAUUCUAAUUUUGUUUCAUAUUAUAAUUUAUCAAAGUAGAAGAGAUAUACUUUGUAGCUUCCCUGUAGUAGAAGAGAAAAACAUUUUUAAAUGCGAGAUUAUUGUUUGCUGUUAUUCUUAAAAAGUAAGGCAAUCAAUUUAAAGUCGAGACCUUGUAACCAAAUACUAUAUAUCAAUCAAGAAAAUCCUCGGCUUUUAGUUUUCACUAUAACCGGGAUUUGUUAGAUGCUUUAUUAAGAAUUAUGAAAAAAAAACUUUGUAAGAAACCUUUUUACAGCUAAGAGUCCAAUUUCAAAUAGAAAGAAAAAAAAAAGAGUUCUUUGUUGAGACUUUUAAGAUGACAGUGAUCGCGCACUGAUGACUGAUUUUUACGUCAAUAAGAUUUUUAGAUAAAAAAAAAAAAAAAACAUCUUAUGCACAAUCUCUUGCUUCCAGGAAACCCGAUCGAAAUCUUUAAACCUAAUUGUUAUUCUUUUACUUUAAAAAUAAUUUUUCUCAUAUUUAAAUUUUUGAAAUAGAUUUCGAUCGAUGUUUCGAUUGGUUCUUUUUUUUUAAUCAACGUUUAACCAGUUAACUUUUUAAAGAAAAAAUCGCUUUUAUUCUAUGGUGUCUUUAGAUUUAACCAAAAAAAAAAAAAGAAAGAAUAAAAAACAAAUGUAAAUCGUAGAAUAAGUGUCACGUGUUUCCACGUGAAUUUACUUUUACACUUUUUGAUUAGCGCGAAAAAAUACCGUGCGUUAUUAUAAAUGCUAAAAAGUAAUAAUAAUUUUUGAAGAAGUGUAAUAAUUAAAAAGUGGUAAAUGAUGUCAAAAAAAGAAAAAAAAAUACAAUUUCCUCUCUAAUUGACCGGCUGGCUUGAUGGUGUAGAUAUUUAGAUACCAAUUGUCAGAUUAAGUGUAUAAUGGAAAAAAAGAACACUUUCUCUAGACGUAUAUAAAUGUUCGAGUGCAAUACGGCUCCAGCCGCUUUCGCGUUUUUACCACAAAUCUGGUAAAUUUAACCAGUUCCGAUACCCGUGAUUAACCAGCACUCGGCUCCGAUUUUGUGUAUCGGUAAUUUAUUGAGAUUUCAAGUUUUCGCAGUUUAAAAAAUUAGUUCUUAUUACAAUUUUAGUUGUUUUAAAUUAUGUAUACAGAUUGGGUAAUUAAUUGAUCAGAUUUGAACAAAAAAAAAAAAAUGAAAUUUUUAUAAAGUAAAAGUCAAAUAAUAAAUAACUUUGUUUAAACAAGUUUAAAAAAAAAAUUGUCAAGUAAUUAAUUUUAUUUUAAUUUUACCAAUUGCACGUAUUUUUUUAUAAACAUAAUUAUGAUUUCGUUUCUUGCUUGAAAAAAGUUUUACUUUUUAAAAAAACUGCGAAAAACAAGAACUCAACACAACAACUGUAGAAAACAUAUUAAGGCCAUGUAUUUCAUAUACAAUAGAGUAUAAGAAAAACCAGUAAUGAAAUGCAUAUACGAUAUGCUUGAUAGAGAACAUUUUUAUGAUAUCCAAUAAGAUUGUGAUUGUCACACUAUUCAGUUAUGUAUAGGUAUAUUAUAACAAUCAAAUAAUGUACGAUAAUUUUAUGAAUAAUUCUGAAAAUAGAUGUGGGGCUGAUUUUAUUAUCGAUAUGUAUGUGGGUGUGUGUGUAUGUACACAUCACAUGGGAUUUGCGUGCGUUUACGAUGUUCAACACCCAAUAGACGUCUAGGUUCAAUAUAAAUAUAUAUAUCAAUGAAUAUUACUAAAUAUAUUCGGAAAAAAGUAGCAACAGUGUACGCCUUAGCGGUAUUUUUAAGUGAUUGACUAAAAAAAAAAAAGAAAGAAAAAAACUUAAUACCGCCAAGGCGAACAAAAUGUAGUUAACACCGACUGUGUUACAUAUAAUGGGGAACACGUAAAUCCUUAUUACGUUCUAGGAAAAGAGGAAUUACACGGGCACGUAGAACAUUGUAUUCAGACAAAUAUUAUAUAAAUAAAAAAAAAAGAGAGAUAUAUUAUAUAUAAAUAUAUAUAAAAAUAUGUAUACGCUUGUAUACAUUACGCAUAUACCGCAUUAUACAGAUUGAAAUAAAAAAAAAGCUCUUGCAGCGAUUAACACAAGAAAAGGGAAUAAAUAAAGUUUAUAUGAAUUAUUAUUAUUAUAUUAUGAAUAAUAUAAGUUACGAGAGUAACAUUUAAGAGUUGGUUUUAUGCUUUUAAAAAAGAAAGAUUUUGUUUCAAAGCUUGUUUUUUUUAAAAAAAAAACAAGUUUUAAAUCAAAUCCUUAUUAAUUCUAAGUCAAAGCGAUUUUUUGUCAAUAUAAAAUUUUUGUUUCUUGUGAAUUUCUAAAUUUAAUUCAAUAUUUUUGAAUGUUUCAUUGCAAUGAAAUGAUAAAAAGAGGAGAAUUUAUAAAACGCUUUGACUCAGAAUCAAAACAGCAAGGGACAGAUACAAAAUAUGAUUUACCUAUAGAUAGAAAAAGAUAUGUAUAGAAUUUUAUUAUGCACCAUUGUAAUAUUAUGUAUCCCAGUUUUGACACAAUAUACACUGGUGUUAUGUUAUAUGUGAGAAAAA